AUGGACUCCAAUGAUGACACCCCAUCAUCGGCGCGGCGGAUACCCAUGCCUGUCUCCAAUCCGCUUUCACGGGCAACCAAUUCGUUCGAUACGUCCUCAAAAUCGAUUAAUCUUUCUGGGCCACAUUUGCAAAAUGCCCCCUUACCGGCCCAAUGGGCAAGCCGGGAAAUACCACUUGCCAGACAUAGGAGAGCUGUUCAACAGGCCCCGGAAGGAUUUGUACCCAUGCAUUCACUUUUACCUGCCGCAUAUACGAAAGCCGAUGACUCUCAAGACUUUCUUGCCAAAACACCAGCUCCAAACUAUGAUGGCGCUGUGAAAGCUAGCGAGGACGAUCACUCUACCGCUGAAUUUACACACCCAGUCGCUAAAAACUCGGAUGCCGGAUUUCCAUCCCUUGUUUUUCUGCUUGUGGGUGUUCCUGGGGCCGAAAAUAACGCCAAUAGCUUGCCUAAAUCCGCUUCGGAACAUCGUCUAUUCGAAAAAGAGAUAAGCCCAUCUAAAGAGCAUCUUUGCACCCUUUUUUCGGAGUAUCCCGACGAAUGCAGGGCGCCACUUUUACAAGAGGAGAUUUUUCAAGAGACUCGAUCUUGUCUUUUGCGAAAGUACAGCACGAAAGCUAGCCCUUUACGGCGAUCGAGCAGCAGAGUCUCCAAUAAAGGAGAAAGAGCCCGCUACGAUGCAGACUGCGUUGCCCUUGAUGAUGGAAGCGUGGCCCAAGAUUGUCUAUCCCAGAUUUCUCAUAAAAGCGGCAGGAUUGCAUAUACCAUUACGGAAGAGGAGUUCCUUAGGCUAGACGAUGGUGUUUUCUUGAAUGAUACCAUUGUUGACUUUUUCCUGAGGCUUUUUCUCAAUCAAGAUAGCCCCAACGCUUUGUGCGGAGAAUCAGAUCAUAAGAUAUUGGAAAACAUGAGGCCACGCAUCAGACUCACAAAUUCGUUUUUCUUUCGUCAAUUGCUGAGUGAAGGUGAAGGUCGUGUAUAUAAGCCGAUGCGAAUCUUCUUCUAUAACUAUGUGGUCAUUCCUGUAAAUGAAUGGUUCAUCGAGCAAGAAGCCUCGUUGCUGGAGACCGAUUGCCCUGAAGCGGGUACAGACCCUGUUUGGAUGAUAAACUCCGCUCUGAUCAAUACUAGAUACAUCAACGCGCCCAUGCAAAAAAAUAGCGCCGACUGCGGUCUUUUUCUUCUCAACUAUGCAUAUAUGUUCUUUCAAGAUCCAGAAAAGGUUGCUCGGCAGAUCGAAGAACGUGUAUCUUUUCAAAACUGGUUUGAUCCGAAAGAGAUGAAAUACUCUAGGGCCACUUUGAAAGAGAUUCUUUCGGAAAUGCUCAAGCAAAGUGUACAUGUGACCGAUAUGGCAUCGAGCGCUCCAUGCAUCAACAUUUUGUCUCUGCAGCCAGCCAUCGAUUCUCCCCCGCAAAGUUCGGCAAGCCAAUUGAACCACACUGUGGACAUCACUUUGCAGGAUUCUCCAGCUAAUAUCGCUUCGGCGAGAUCAGCGGCUGCAUCUGUGAAUGAUGACAAGGAAAUCGUGCUUAUUGAUGGGUUCCCCUGCUGA